AUGCAAAGGGCACUGGAGGCUAGUGGCUUAAAUGCAGGCUCGCCGGUAGGGAGUCUUUCGCCAGAUGCAGCUGGCAUUCUUGCGGGCCUUCAGGCGCUGCUUACUCAGCAGAGGUCGGCUGAGAAUGGUGGGGAGGAUCGAGCUGAGCAGGUGAAGCAUUCGUGGUCGGAGCUUCCAAAACUUCCAGAGCUAGGGCCGGAGUCUUCACUGGCGUUUUCUGACUGGUUGCACAUGAUAGCCCCGCUAGUCGAGGACAUGACGGCCACUAGUGCAGAAUACUGGGCCCUGCUCAAAGCCGAAACCGAGGAAUGGUACCGCACGUACUUAAUCUCGGACCCGAUGACCCGCCUCCACUUGCAUCCCUCCCCCAGCCAUGCCUUGCAGGCCGUAAGGUGGAGUCGACUCAGCAAGAGGCUUGAGGCCUUGUUGAUGACAGCAGCUCCUAGACCGGUCAGAGAGGAAUUGGUCCAAGGGCGGGUGAAGACCCCGCUCAGCUUGAUGUGCCGUCUUCACGUCCUGUAUGCGCCAGGCGGCAUCCAAGAGCGGGAGCAUGCAAUCCGCAACCUGCAGCACCCAAUCGCGGCUACGAACCCUCAGUCCGCCUUGGAGGCCCUCAGGCAGUGGCGGAGGUGGCUGCUACGCACUCAAAGUCUCGGUGGGACCGUUCCGGAUCCAGUUAUCCUUGUGAAGUCCCUCUUGACCAUCGUAAGGUCGGUGCUCGAGGCCAACUCCGAGGUUCAAUUUCGGGUAGGUCUGGUAAAGGCGGCCUUGAAGGCCGACACAGCUCCGAACCUUGAGGUGGUUCACCAGCUGUAUGCAGCACUCCUCUCUGAGGUGGAAGCGCUGGCCCGGACCCAGACCUUGAAGACUAAGGCCCAAGCCACAGCUGCGGCAGUGUCUGCCCAGGAGUCUCAGGCUCCUCCAAGGUUGCCAAUUCCCGCAGGUGGAAAGGGAGCCGGGAAGUCUGAUGCUUCCCCUUCCAGGCCCAGCGACCAAGGUAUCCAGGUUCCCUCCGGGGCUUGCCGCUUCUUUGUUCAGGGCAAGGGGUGCAAUAGGGGGGAUAGCUGCCGAAAUGCUCACAACUGGCAGGACAUUCCCUCCAAGGAAAGGAAGUCACCAGAAGGCCUCGUGUCCUCAUGCAGCGGCGUCCGGAGGCUCUCCCUCCCCGAAGGGCCAGCCACCGAGGUUUCGGUGCCGAAGGCUCCAGUAGCGGCGCAGCCGGUUGCCCAGGGCACUCCCGUGACCAUUGCGACCCUGCAGGAUCAUUUGGAUGCCAUCCGCCAGGCCAUUCCCGGUGCAGCCCAGACUGAUCAAAGGCCUUCCAUCAAUGCAAUCACUUCCAAUGGCCUCCCGCAGGAAGCCUCCUCAGAAGACGAGUGUGAUGACUUUCAAGGGCCCACCGGUCUUCUUGACUCUGGGGCGACCCACGCAGUGAGAACGAGGGGGAACCAGGACUCAGACCUUGCCCCCACUGACGUCAUUCUUGCAGGUGGUUCCACCCAGGCCCUCUUUCAGAACCGUGCGGGGACGCAUCCGACCUUCGGAAAGUUGCGAGUGAAGAUUCGGCAAGGGUGCCCGGUUGUUACCGAGGCCAGGGCACUUCAGUUGAUACAACAACUGGAGGAUGAGAGGAAACGCAGAGCACUGGAGGGUGCAGAGGCGGAUCUGGCAACGCAGCUGUCCUGGUUGUGGGCAGUGACUUCUUCGGCCCGAGGCUACACCAUACCGAUAGCCGUCCACUCUGCAAGGGGCCGUGCCUUCAGCAAGGAGACCUGGCAAAGAUUUCUUAAGUGGGCUAAACUCAGGGAGCAUCAGGUCCUUGAGGACGCCGUGGUAGCCACAAACUGCCGGGAAGGUUCUCUAAAGGAAGCAAGAUCCCAGAAGGAGCUGCGCAUGGCCCAAUUAGAGGUCUUCAUUUCACCCAGCCCUCAGCAUGCUUCGGAGGAGGACCUGAAGCGGAUAGAUGCCGCUUUGAGCAAGGUGCUGGGUGGAGGUCAGUCCCGGGAGGAAGGUGGUGAAGCUCCACCUCAGGCCGCAGCCUUGGCGACGGAGGAGGAGAUGCGUCGGCACGUGGAGCUCUUUCCGGAAGAUCCCCUGGAGGAGCUGGCCAGGAACCUUCCAGAGGAGGAGGAGGAGCCAAGCUCUAAGCUGGAUCAGGUCUUAGAGGAACUCAAGGAGCCCGUCCCACAGGUGACUCUAAGCGAGGCCCAUGACAAGAAGGGCAACGGUCUGGCUGAGCGGAUUGUAGGCUGGAGCAAGCAGCGGACGCGGUGCUUGCUCGAGAGCUCCAAGCUCCCCCAGCCCAUCCUUCCGGGAAACUUGAAGCCAUGGGAUCCCUGGGCUCAGGGUAGGUACCUCGGGCCCUCUCUGUCGGUGCCUGACGGGCAUUCAGUUCUAAAGGAGGAUGGCAACACUACCAUAGUGAAGAACCUCAGAGCCGAGCUUGUUGACCCGGAGGCCAGAUUGGCCGAAAUGCAACGUGAAAGGGAUUUGGCUGACGUCGCAAGUGACGCGGCCCCUUCUGAACCAGGUCUAGACCUUCAGCUUCCGGAGGUUCUUGAAGCCGAGGGCCCGCCGUCUUCAGAUCCCCCUCUUCCAAGGAGGGUGUCCAGCAAGAGGCCUCCUAGGAUAGCUGCUCUCCGAGAGCGUGAUCUUGGCGAAGAGGAGGAUGAGGAGGAAGAAGAUGAGGAGGAGGACGAUGAGGUCAGUGACACCGAAGCCACCAGUGAGAGGGCGACUCUGGGUGCUAUUUCCGAGGCCCAAGUGUCGUCUCUAGGCCAGGCGUCUUCAUCCAGCUCCUCAGGUUUCCCUUCGCACAUUGGUCCCGUGACGGACCCGACACUGGUGAGAGCCCUCGCCCGCCUAGGUCUGGAAGGCAAGGCAGUAGGACUGCACAACCUUGGGGUCCACGAGGUCGGGGAUUUGAAUUUCAUUUUCAGGGCCGACUUGGUAGAAGAGGGCUGGACCGAACACGAAGCGACUGUGUUCUUUCAUGAGUGUGGGCUCAUAGCCCCCCAGCAGAGGCCCGACAAUCCACGCAAGGCAUCUCAGGUUGAAGGUGGCGUUCGCCCCGUGGGCCCAACAGGCGAGGCUAUGACGCUAGGGGCCAUUGCAAGGGCAAGAGCACGAGCCAGGGAAGGCGGGGCUCCAGGGGGCCCAGAAGCUCCAUCUGAGCAUGGUGCAACAGCGGGGUCAAGUGAACCUCCGGACCCGCCGUAUAAUCCCCGUGUUACGAGAGCCAUCCUCGAGCAGCUCCCAGCAGCCUUCUAUGAUGAGGUCACGGUGAAUGGGCCUAUUUCAAGGGACCUUCUUUCUCGUGUGGAGGAGGCGGCCCAUGACGCGGAUCUGACGUGCCUUCCGCGGGAUGAGACUUACGCCGACAAUAGGUUUCAAGGUGUUCUACGCACGUUCAAGUGCAACCCCAAUGGGGUAACCCCCAUCGUAGGCCGUCUUAUGUUGAGGAAGGUGGCAAGAUGGAGGAAGGACACGUUUGGGUUUGUCCCAUUGUGUGAGGAGCCAGGUACCCCACCGGACCUGGAACAAGAGGCGACCGUCAUGCUCCAGGAUGAAGGAGGUGUGCCGCUACGCGAGGCUGAGCGCCUCGUGAGGUAUCUUCCCUUUGAGGAUCCUCACCCCGCCAUAGGCAAAGGAAACCAGGAGGAGACCACUGGAGGCAAGGCCUUUUACUCUGGUGCAAUGUGUCGUGGCGGUAUCUCCGCACUCCGCCACAGCUGCCGAGUGAACCCGCAGGUCGUCAGGUGCCUCACCAGCAUCCUCCGGAGGGCCUUUCCCGGAGCUGUGUUUAGCUCUCUGGCGGUGUUUGAAGAUACCAAGGCUGAGCCCCACCGGGACGCCAGGAAUGAAGACCAGCCGCUUGAUGCUAAGCUCCGCCUUCACUCCACGGAGCCGUGGUCCGGGUCUCGGGUCCUACUCACCGGCUACACAGUGGAUUCGGCCAAGCAGGGAUACCCCAUCCAGCUAUGCAAGGUUGAGGCCAAUCCCAUCCCAAUCCCUAGGGCCCUGACCGAAGGGAGCGAUGGAGCGCAGCUGUUGAAGGAUACGGGCCCUACCGAGGAGCCUCAGGGAUACGAGCGGACAAGGUCCCUGAUUGGGCAAGUUCUUGAGCUGAAUGGAGCCGAGUUCGGAAUCCGGGAUUACCGGAUAGGAGCCUACCUGGGCGACCAGUUCUUCAUGGUGUCCUGCCAUGUCGAACCUACCAACAACGAGCCCUCCGUAGCAGACCUCGAACGCUACUCCAAUGUCUUCCAUUAUGCCGACCACAGGCACCGAGCGUGCUACGAGGGAGAGCUUUCCGAAUGGACAAGCGUCAAUAGGCCUCCUCCCGAGUUGCACAAGGUAGAGGUGUUCACUCCAGAUGUCGAGGCCAAGCUCAAGGCCUUGGGGGAUAACCCCUUGGAAACCACGUACACGGUUUCGCCUGCCGAGGCUAGGUUGCAUGCCGAGGAGUGGAGGACUGCCUUGUCGGAUGAGAUUGAGUCCCUUCUCUCAAAGGGCGCGAUUCGGAAGGUGACAGGCAAGGAGGCUUCUGAGUUGCAGAGGGAUCCACGGAGCACUCUUCUCCAUGCAAAAGGGGUCUACACCGUCAAGCCAGGCAAACACCACAGUGAUGGAAGGCCCCGCCAGCCCUUCCGACGGAAGGCACGACUGGUUGCCUGCGGGAAUGAGUCGGCCUACACUGACACGGCCGAUCUUUACGCAGCAGGCGUGGCAGGCGAUAUCCUGCGAGCGUCUCUCCUCCUUGCAGGAAGGGAGAAAUGGAAGGCCUACGGCACUGACGUGCACACAGCCUUCCUUCUGGCUCCGCUGGGCACUUCUCGACGGUACCUCCUACGGCCCCCGGCCAUCCUUCGGUCCCUAGGCCUGGUGCAAGAAACGGAAGUUUGGGAGGUGGGAAAGGCCAUCUACGGCCUUCGUGAAUCACCACGUUGGUGGACGGAGUACAGAGAUGAGUGUCUUCGGAAGCUUAGGUUCCAGGCUCCCAACCCCGAGACCGGAGAGCUGGAAGAGCACUGGCUUGAGCAAGGUGCCACUGAGGGCAACAUCUUUAAGAUCCGAGGCCCCGGGAAUGAGUUGAGGGGACUGCUUGUAUGUUAUGUUGACGAUUUCCUCAUGCUGUCAAGUGGAGGGAUAGCAGCCUCACUUCACGCAGCCCUCAGCUCCCAACUCAAGUGGGAACUUGACGAUCUACAGGAGGCCACUGCGGAGGCUCCUCUCAAGUUCCUAGGGGUAGGAAUAAGUCCUUUGAAGGAGGGUGAUGGUUUCGCUCUGGACCAAAGGGCCUACCUCGACGAGAUGCUGUCCAGGAACGAGUUUUCCGGUCGGAGCAGCAGCGUCGUUUGCCCCAAGGAGAUGCUGGAGGAAGGCGAGCCCGAAGACCCCGAGAAGGGGGGCUUUCAGCACCGGCUGAAACAGGCGCAAAAGGCGACGGGCGAACUCCUCUGGCUGGCUCAGAAAAGCAGGCCUGACUUGGGAUUCAUCGUGCAGUAUAUGUCGACGCAAACCACACGCCGACCGAUGCACACCAUAAGGAUCGCUGAGAGAGUCUGCCGCUACCUUCAAGGGACGCGAGACACGAUCCUGGAACUUCGGGCGUCCUCCAAUGACGCAGUGGAGAUCUACACUGAUGCUUCUUUCGCUCCAAAUGGGGGGCACAGCCAAGGAGGAGUUGUCAUCAAAUUCUUAGGUGGAACGGUGAUGUGGAAAGCUUCCAAGCUCCCGCUGAUCGCGAUCUCUUCUGCUGAAGCAGAGCUACAGGCUCUCAGUGAAGGAGCCGUCUACGGACAGUCUCUUCAGGCCGCCCUGCGAGACGUCUCCGACGAGGAACACCCGCUGACACUCAGGUUCAACAAGGAGGCGGUUAAGGUGCAAAGCUUGAAGGUCUCUGAGACCUCCUGCGCCGAAGCGCUGAGCAAGUGGCUCACGACCUUUAUUGCCUUCGCCCAG